GCUAUUUUUGGAAUAACCUGUGCGCGCUCCUACAUGCCAGCUCGUGUUGUCUGUCAGUGUCAAACCAGACACCUUUACACCACAUUUAACAGGACUCGUACAGCAAUAUCCUAAAAUAGGUAGUCUUCUUUUCACCAGAGCGUCGUCGCUUUGCCUUUGUCUGUCUGUCCGUCGGUCCUGCUGCGUUUAGAGGCAGCGUCGCGUCUUAAAUAUCCGACCUCAGUUGAUCCUAAUAUAGUUCGGGCGAAGAGGGAUCAGCGAGCAUGCGCAGGACGCAGAGAUGUGCACGGAGAAGCUCGGCAGUAGUGCACACGCACAAAUGGACACUGGCACGCAGGUAAGAGACGGCAGGACGUUUGCCAUGAGGACUAUAUAAUGAACAGCACAGACCCCGAUCCGAAUGCAGAAGCUUAUAUGAACUUCAUGAAGAAACACUGCUGUUAUGAUGCGAUUCCCACCAGCUGCAAACUGGUCAUUUUUGACACCACACUGCAGGUGAAGAAGGCCUUCUUUGCUCUGGUUGCGAACGGCCUGAGAGCGGCCCCUCUCUGGGACAACAAACUGCAGAGGUUUGUGGGUAUGCUGACAAUCACAGAUUUUAUCAAUAUUCUUCAUCGGUAUUACAAGUCACCUAUGGUGGGUUGCGAUCCCUGCCUCUUCUCUAAUGCCCACCUUGGGUUGUCCUUCACGGUUCAGAUCUAUGAAUUGGAGGAGCACAAGAUUGAGACAUGGAGAGGUGAUUCAUUUCAAAACGUCUAUCUGCAAUAUCACGAUCAAUAUCUCAUCAGUAUCACACCUGAUGCGAGCCUCUUUGAUGCCGUCUACUCUUUACUGAAACACAAAAUCCACAGGCUGCCGGUCAUCGACCCAGAGUCUGGAAAUGUCCUUCACAUACUGACCCAUAAGAGAAUCCUCAAGUUCCUUCAUUUAUUUGAAGCCUCAGUGCCCAAGCCACGCUUCUUGAAGAUGCAAAUUAAAGAUGCAGGAAUAGGAACUUUCACAGACAUAGCCACAGUCUCACAGACGGCCACUGUGUACGAUGCACUUUCUGUGUUUGUCGAGCGACGCGUGUCCGCUCUCCCAGUGGUGGAUGACGAUGGCAAGGUGGUUGCCCUGUAUUCCAGAUUUGAUGUGAUUAAUCUUGCAGCGCAGAAAACCUACAAUAACCUGAGCAUGAGCAUGCAGGAGGCGGUGCGGAGGAGGCGCUGUUAUGUGGAAGGAGUCAUUAAAUGCUAUCCUGAUGAGACUUUGGAAACUGUUAUUGACAGAAUAGUCAAGGCAGAGGUCCAUAGGCUGGUGCUUGUGGACAGAGAUGACGUGGUUCGGGGAAUAAUCUCUCUCUCAGACCUGCUGCAGGCCAUAGUCUUAUCUCCAGCAGGUAUUGAUGCUCUGUUUUCCUAACCUGAGAGGAUAUGUUUUCUGCUGUUCCCUCAUCUAACCAACACUAGUGUCCAGGUAUUCAAAGCGGAUAAAAUAUGACCGCGAGCAACAAUGAAGAAAGAAUCUCUUUUUUACAUGAUACAUUUACAUUGUAAAACUUCAUGGAUCAUGUAGAGUGUAUAAUAUAUUAAACAACAAAUUUCUCAUUUAAUUGAGAGAUUGCUUAUGAUGAGUACUGACAAAGAGAAGUGUUGCUUUAUGUUUUUAUGUAUGAGUGAGCACACAAGGGCUGGGAUUUUGAUCAAAUUGAUCAUCUAAUUUGCCUUUUUGUGCUGUUAUGAAAUGUAUAGACAGAUUAUCAUGUUUUUUUUGUUUUUUUUUUUUUUCUAAUAAACAAUUCCUUGUGCUCA